AUGGAAAAAGAUUUACGCGACGCAUACGCAGCACUUAAGUUGCUACGUGCAGAUUUGGUCAAGACUCGCCGUGACAAGCGUGCAUUAGAGCAAAAGUUGCGAGACGCAGCAGAUGCUAUUCGAGGACACAAGAGCACAGUUAUGGCAAGCGCAUCUGAAGAUGGGGAUAAUCAGCAAGAAUCAGAGGAAGUAGAGAAGCUUGCGCUGCUUGACAAGUUGCAUAGCCUAACUGCUACCGUUGAGCAGCAAAUGGAGACUAUGCUUGUCCAAAAAGCAGCAUUUGCACUUGAAAAAGGUGAACUUGAGUCAGCUUUGGAAGCCACGCAGCUUCAAUUGCAAGAAGAAAAAAAUAAGGAAAAAGAAGAAAUGAUACAAGAAAUCGAAACAUUGCGUACCAAAUUGGCAGCAUAUGCUCAGACAAACAGUAUACUAAAGCAGCAAGUGGACGAGAAGGAGGAAGAGCAAAAGUUGUGGGAGAGUAAGCGAGAAGAACAAGAGCUAAGGCUACACUUGGAGCACACACAAAAGAUGGAUUCGUUGACGAGGGAAUUGAGCUUUAAUCUUCAAAAGAACGAAAAAGAAUGUGGAGAAAAGCAGCAGCACGAGAUGAUGGAGUUGCAACAGAGGUGUGGAUUGCUAGAGUUGGCCUUGUAUAGUGAAAAAGAAGAGAAAGUUCAGAUUGAAGUAGAGAAUCAGAAACGAAACACAUUGUUAAGUGAGUUGGAUUCCAAGUGCGAAGAGCUGAAGGCGCACGUUGCAGCUUUGGAGACCAAACAAAGUGAAACAGAAUUUACUCAGGCUCAAACAAAAGUGACUUUCGAUACGAAAGUAAGACAGUUGGAAAGUGAACUACUACAGUCACAAGAAAAACUAGCUGAGUCGGAGAACAAGGUGGCACAACUUGCAGCGGCAAAAGCCAAGUAUGUAACUGUUACAAAAGAUUAUGAAAAUCGACUUGCUGAGGCUUCACAAGAGCUGCUGAAUCAUGAGCAGAAACACCAGCAAAAUGUAGUUGCUCUGUGCAAUGUCAAUGCUGAAUUAGAAAAAGCGCAAGCAGCGCUUGCUGGUUCCGAGGCUACAAUUUUAUCAAAUGCAGAAGACUUUAAGCAAAGACUAGCGCAUCUUGAACAAUAUGGCGCUCAAAAAGAGAAAACGAUCCAGAUUCUGACAAUUAGAAAUGAGAAUUUACAGCACGAAAUCAAUGAUGCUCGGCAAACUACCAAGUUGACAACCGAAAAGCUCCUUCAGUGUCAGUCAAUAGCAGAACAGCGUUUUCAACAACAUAUCGUGUCCUUACAACAGUGCGAGUCUCUUGAGUCUCAGCUUUUAUCAGCUGAAGAUCACCAGGGCGCAGCCUAUGCAAGCAUACAAGGCAGUGAUUCGUUUGUGCUGAAGGUUUUCCAUGGUCUUAGUGACAAUGAUAUCGCUGCGCUACCUCCAACCAAGUUUUGGGGUCUUUUGCGCUCUGGAAUCAACGAGAUUGAAAAUUUCUUUCCUCAAUUACAAACACUUUUUGCUACUAUAGACGAAGUAUUUCGUUUGUGCAAAACGCACGCUGAUUCUCUUUCUGUGCUAUGUUGUCGCUUGGAAGAAAAAUCAGAAAAUGAAGAUAAUUCGAUUCUCGUUGCGUUGUUAAGGUUGCUGCGGUUUAUUGUAAUGCUAAAGGUCCAAAGCCAACAGGACAGCGCAAUCGCUACUGUUGAUAUUGUUCAAAAGCUUCGCAAGCGUGUGCUUAAUGCGCUUGCGCAAUGGUUUGAAAUUGAUGCUAGUGACAAUCAUCACAGCGAAAAUACACCAAUGCCGACACCUACAUUUACUAUUACCUCUCGUGAGACUGCAUUAAUCUUGCAGAAUUGGACCAGCGACCGAUCUAAGCAGCUCGGAGUCAGGCGGUGGCUCGCACGAAUGGAGGCGUAUCCGGGGGUUCCACCUUUACGAGGAGCUAAGUCAAAUCAUGUGUUGGAACUUCCGUCUGAAGGCUGUACGCUUGAGUUAGAGGAGAUGACAUCGGAAGUGAAGGACGCGUUUUUGCUACUCUUGAUUCCGAUUUUAAAGCAAAACCAAGCGCUACACGUGCGAACAUUUAUCCGUUACAUCGAUGACCUUGAGACCGAAUCAAAGAGACGUACAUCCAGCGCAAUAGAUACAGAUGACGACUUGAAAAAGAAUUGGUCGAUGCGAAUCCAUGUCGAGAGUGUUAUUACUCACCGAGUAUCUCGCCCAACUUCGCUAAAAUUGAGUCCUCAUGGUCUAUCAAGUUCACUUAAUUCUCCAGCCUCGUCAGUCUCUUCGUCUACGUCCAGUUCUGCUAGUUCAAGACUUCAAAUUAUUCAAGAGCGUUUACAAUAUCUGCACGAUAAUACAUAA